AUGACCGGAGUUCCACCGUCGCCAGGCUUCGGAGGAAACGGUAACGCGUUCGGAGCUGGACUUGGUGCUCCAGGUGCCGGCAGUGGAAUCCCCGCAAAUGGUGGCGCACUCGCUGGCGGAGUUGGCAGCGGGUUAGCUGCGAACUCGAUGGGAGGAUUCGGUGGAGCGAAUCGGAUGGGUGCUCUUGGUGGCGGCAUGCUCGGCGGUCCUGGAGCUGGUGCUGGUAUGGGCGGGGGCUUCUUCAAUGGAAACGGUGGAGGUGGCUUCGGUCAGCCAAUGGGUGUCGGUAUGCAAGGUGGCAACACGUUUGGUGGCUUCGGUGGUCAAGGCGGCGCAAUGGGGAACUUCAACCAAGCUGGCAACAACGGAUUUGCAGGUGCUGCUGGAGGACAAUUUGGCUUUGGAGGUGCUGCAUCGGGAGGUGGCAACGGCUUCGGCGGCGGCAAUGCAUUGGGAGGAGGUUUCAACCGCCGCGAGCGUCAGCGUCGUCGCCGUUGA